AUGAGCAGUUUGCAGAUCAAGGAAGAGAAAGUCAAACCGGAAACCAAUGGUAUUGUCAAAACCAGCCCCACUGCAGAGAAGACAGAUGAAGAGGAGAAAGAGGACAGAGCUGCCCAGUCUUUACUCAACAAGCUGAUCAGAAGCAACCUUGUCGAUAACACAAACCAAGUGGAAGUCCUGCAGCGGGACCCCAGCUCCCCGCUCUACUCAGUGAAGUCUUUUGAAGAGCUCCGCCUGAAGCCACAGCUUCUCCAGGGAGUCUAUGCCAUGGGCUUUAAUCGACCGUCCAAGAUUCAAGAAAACGCAUUACCCAUGAUGCUCGCUGAACCCCCACAGAACCUAAUCGCCCAGUCUCAGUCCGGCACUGGGAAAACAGCUGCCUUCGUACUGGCCAUGCUCAGCCGCGUGGAACCUGCAGACAGACACCCUCAGUGUCUCUGCCUCUCCCCGACAUACGAGCUGGCGCUUCAGACGGGAAAAGUGAUCGAGCAGAUGGGCAAAUUUUAUCCGGAGCUCAAGCUUGCGUAUGCUGUUCGAGGCAAUAAAUUGGAACGAGGCCAGAAGAUCAGUGAGCAGAUCGUCAUCGGCACCCCUGGGACCGUCCUGGACUGGUGCUCCAAGCUCAAGUUCAUUGACCCCAAGAAGAUCAAGGUGUUUGUGCUGGAUGAAGCCGACGUGAUGAUCGCCACACAAGGCCACCAGGAUCAGAGCAUCCGCAUCCAGAGAAUGCUGCCCAAGAACUGCCAGAUGCUGCUUUUCUCUGCCACCUUCGAAGACUCUGUGUGGAAGUUUGCCCAGAAAGUGGUCCCAGACCCCAACAUCAUCAAACUGAAGCGUGAGGAGGAGACACUGGACACCAUCAAGCAGUAUUACGUCCUGUGCAGCAACAGAGAUGAGAAGUUCCAGGCCUUGUGCAACCUCUAUGGGGCCAUCACCAUUGCGCAGGCCAUGAUUUUCUGCCAUACCCGCAAAACAGCCAGUUGGCUGGCCGCAGAGCUCUCAAAGGAAGGCCACCAGGUGGCUCUGCUGAGCGGUGAGAUGAUGGUGGAGCAGAGGGCUGCAGUGAUUGAGCGCUUCCGAGAGGGCAAAGAGAAGCAAGCCCGUCCGUGCCUGUCUCUUCUCCCAGAUAAGAAGAUAGAAAGACUGGACACGGAUGACCUGGACGAGAUAGAGAAAAUAGCCAACUGAGAAGCUGCCCGGUUCCUGGAGCUGCCCUCGGCACCUCUCUGGGAGGGAACCCCGUGCUCGUAUGGCCCUGGCCUCGACAGUUACCACAGAGAUGACAGCACGAGGAAGAAGCUACCUACCUCAUUAAAUUAUGUUUGGACUUGACCAAAAUAUGUGGAAGCAAUAGGGGACAAUCAAAGGAAAUCACAUUUUGGAAAAUACCCUCCUCUGCAUCUCGGAAAGCUGCAGUGUGCCCUGCCCCUCCAGUAGUCUGCUUUCUGUUGGUGUGAGUGGCUCUAGUCUGCCUGUCCGCUCUCUGACUAGGGUGCUAGGACCAACCUGCACCCCAAAAAUAACAAGGAUGAGGUCUGCAGGAGGCCUGGCAGGACAGCACAGCCAGCACCUCAACAUCAUGAAGAGUUGGCAGCAGACCUUGGCCCAGCUGCAUUGCUGGGCCUGUCAGGAAGGAUUUCCCUGCCCCAGGGUUCUUCUCCCCAAGUCUAGAGACACCCCAGCACCCCCUCCCUGACUGGAGCAAAAGCUCUCCCUCUUACUCUCACGAGACUUUUGGGUACUGUGGUGAACUUCAAAUUGGAAUAGCCCAGAGACGGGUGCAUCCCAGCCUGGAGAGCUUGCGCCAGCUGGGGUGGCCGAGUACUCGCAGCUCGGGGCCUGCCUGCCCCUCCUUCCCGUGGCUCCAUGGCGUCACACUCAGGAGACACCAGGGACUGUGCAACCCUGCCCAGCCCACUUGCAAGCAGAACCAGGCAGCCAUCUGGAGAGGAACAAGGUGACAGCCAGUGCAGAAUCUGAUGAGGCUGUGACCCUAAGUGGUGGCCUUGAUGGAUUAUGUACUUCAUACCUGGUAUGAGUAGAGACAGAAACUUAGCUAUGCGCAUCAUUCAUUAUAAGAAAUUUUAAAUGUAAUUACGAGAACACUUUACUAAUCAUGAUUUAUUUGUAUUUUUCUGCUUAUUAGACUAAUUUAUGCUCAUUAAAAAUAUGGUGUGUAUAUGUAA